ACCAAAACCAUGGCUUAUUACUACUACUGAAAAUCAGAUAGUUAUUGGCAAAGCCAAAAGACUGAAAAGAUCAAAAAAAUUCGAUUGUAAAUGGCAUGUCAAUUUAAGUAACCCGGAAAUUGGUAAUUAUGUGUAUAUUACUCUUGUUCACUUUAUACAUAACCAUGAUAUUAUUAUGGAUAAUGCAAGGUUUGCUAUGGCGUUCCAAAAAUUCGAUGAGUCUGUGAUGAGUGAAAUUGAACGUGCUGUUGUGUAUAAACAUUGUGACGCAUAUACUAUAAGAAAUUUGUUACAGCCUUUAUUUCCUAGUCAACUUUUUCUUACACAAAAUUUAUCAAAUAUGAUCCAAAAAAUUAAGCGUGAACAAAGGGUUGCUGGGUCUGAUGCAUCCAAUUUAUUAAAAUUUUUACUAGAACAGCAAAAGGAGAAUCCUGUAAUGUUUGUUCAACCACUAAUAAAUUCGGAUAGUAAUUGGCUAAAUAGUAUUUUUUGGAUGACAGCAAAUCAAGUUGCUUUAUGGUCGCGAUAUUCGGAUGUUGUUUUAUAUGACAAUACCUCAAGAACAAAUAAAUAUAAUUUUCCUUUAUCAUUAUUCAUUCUUGUUGACAAUGAUGGGAAAUCACGGUUGGAAGCACAGGCUUUUUUAAGCGAUGAGACUCAGGAAAGUUACGAAUGGGUUCUGCAACAAACUUUAGAUGCGACUAGUGCAGAACCACGAGUUAUAAUGACUGAUAUGGAUCCUGCAAUAGAUGCGGCAUUUCUUUAUAAGUGUGAAAAAUUAGACAUUGAUUAUGCCUAUAAAUUUGAUGAGUCAGAUCAAAAUGAAUUUACUGAAAUAAAUUGUAAUCAAUCGGUAAAAAAUGUAGAUUCUAUAUGUAAUGAGCCAUUUGUUAGUACUUCUUCUCAAGAAUGUCAACAUAGUCAUGUGCAGAGUCUUAUUCCUAGUCAUCAUUAUAACGUUCAAGAAGUUCAAGUUCGAUAUCGUCUGCAAAAAAAAAUGGAUUAUGGUCGUAUCCUGGAUCAUUUUAAGAAAGCAUUAAAUUAUUCAUUAGAGGACGAUGAUCAGAAUAACUUGGAUGGGCUUAUUUUAUCUUACAUCGCUAAAAAAGAAGCAAUGCGGGGCAAUAAAGAUCGGUCAGCACCUAUUGAAACUCAAGAUUCUAGUUGUAUAAAAUUGUCUGAUGGGUGCGUUUAUCAUGUUGAUAAUAUUAAAGAUCUAGCAAUACGCAGAGGUAAAGAUGUUGAAGACAAAAAUAAUGAAACCGGUGCAA